AUGUCGAGCAACGAAUCGGCGGCUUCUUCCUACUCGAGUGAAUCCAUGAGAAUGAUUUAUCGAAAUGGAGCAUUUGAUAUGUCAGCAGACGAGCCUUCCUCGCCACCCCCAGCAGCCACCACUGCUUCAUCUGCUGCUCCCCCAUCUCCAAACUCGAUCAUGCUAUCAUUUGGACCCAACACUACCGUUUCCGAUCUCAAAUACUUUGCCGAGAGGGGGUGCAUAGUGGCCCUUUUACAGGCUCUUACCACACCCCGACUGGUCACGCUGGGGACACGCAUGUUGGCAGAUUAUGCCAAAAUGUCACACCGACGAGUGGCUGUGGCCAGCAAUAGACGUAUUUUGGAGUUUGUACAACGGACCAUGCUGCAGGUAUCGGAACAUGCAGACUGGCUGGGAAGAGAGUACGCUGUCGAGACGAUUCGAAGUUUGACGGCCACCGAAGAAAGCGAUCGGUUUCUCAUGGGAACGUAUGGAUUGCUCACAACACUCGCCUUGGUGGCACGAGGAGGACCCUUUGUCACACACGUACAAGACAAUGGAGUUCGGUGUACGGUACCGCUGGCAUCGGAAAAGGCCAGACUGCAUGCAUGCAUUGCUAUCAUGAACUUGAGCUGCGGAAAGGCCAACAAGAUUGAAAUUGCCAAGGUACCAGAUGUUCUAGAAGCCAUGAGAGACGUCAUGGUCAACUCCACUGAUGAAGCAAGGCUGAAAGCAACCACAUGCAUCAAGAAUCUUAGUAAUGCCGACGCAAAUGAUUCGGCCCUGCUGGGGACACCAGGACUCGUCGAAGCCUUGGGACAUGUAGCCGCUGCAACAUGUUCGCCCGAAAAUGGUGCCACUCCUUGUACAACCAAUGCCUGCUUGGCACUCAUGAACUUGUCCAUUUCCAAGGCCAACAAGCACAGAGUCUUUCGAACCCCAGGCGUCAUGGAUGCUCUCAUGAAUGUCCUGGAGCGAACGACUGCACAAGGGUCCUCCACGGAAGCAAGGAUCAAGGCGUGUUCGGCACUCUCCAACUUGGCCAUUGGAUACGACAACAAGAUUCCCAUGUUCUCGUACCCUUGCUUCGUCGAUGCCAUUCUCAAUGUGAUCCAAACUGAUACAGGGGAAGCACGCACGAAGGCGUGCUCCAUCUUGUGGAGCUUUGCGGCGGAAAUGAAGAAUCAAGUGCCCGUUGUCCAGCGUGGAGACAUUCUUCCCGUCUUGGUGCAGGUUGCCGAAGAAGAUGGAACCACCGAGGCGAGGUUCAAAUGCGUUGCGGCCCUGACGUUGUUGGCAGAGUCGCUGGAGAAUGCCAUUCCAUUGCUUGAGUCCGGUGCUCUUGCGCCACUCAUGGAUAUUCUACAUGAAGCUGGACCUGACCCGAACACAAUGGAAAGGGCAGACUGCUUCGUGAGCCUCAAGGCGGCCAUGGCAGUCACCUUUGUUUGCAGAUACGAUGAAGGCGACGAAUGCUAUGACCUGUUGAGAAAAACAGAGAACGUCAUCCCCAAGAUCAUCAGCUUACUGCACAACACUUUGUCCGGACGAGGUGGCAACGGAUACAAGUACGGAGUGUUCACACUCAGGUCGUCGGUAGGAUGCAUCUCUGCCUUGGCGUCCGGUCCCGAUUUCAUGAAGGAAAGGAUUGCUACUGGUCCUGUCUAUGAGAGUUUGUUGAGAGUAGUUACGGACUUUUGUGUCAAUGGUGGCACUCCUGGCGCUAUUGUUGGCGGUGGACGCGACGAUGCAUUGAGUGCCACACUGGCUGUUCGGGCUCUUCAAUCUUUGACGGGACAUCUUAUCCCCAUUGCCGGUAGCAGCUCACUGCCAUUCGGUCAAUCCAUGGAAGAUCGGCUGUUGACAGCACUGAUUUCUUUUGAGGGCUGCCAACACGCCGAAGUGAAGGAUUGCACUCGUCACCUGGCAACGGACGCCAAGAUUCGUAUCCAAGGCGGGAGGAAAGCGUCCAUGGCCCCAUCUGGUGGCUGUGCAUCAAUCCGAGACGGGGAAGUGGACGUGGGCUUGAACGACGUCACUUCAAUAGCAAGUGGCUGCUGUGGGCUGGAGACUCUUCCUGGUAUUGGAGAAGACCUGCUCCAAGCGUUGACGUCACCUGCAAGAAACGAAGACGGCAAGCCUGCGAUUAUUGCUCAAGCUUCCAAGAGGGACGCCAAGGACUUAGGGGGAUCAAAGCUUGUUCGCACCUUCUUGCUUGCGGACUCUACCACUGGGCGAAGAUUCGUUGUACCAACAGAUCUCUCUCUUUUCC